CUUUUAAACGCCGCGUCCCCCCGCAGCGUACAUCGCGGCUCGGUUCACUCCCUCCGCCCCGCUCCUCUCCGUCCCGCUCCCUCUUCCGCGCGCUCACUCGCAGUUGUAGGGGAGAUCACAGAUCAGCCAUGAGCCAAGGACAAGGAGGAGCGGCGGCCGACAAUGGCGUCAGCCCCGGCAACGUUCCGGUGUGCUACUACGGGCCCGCGGGGCGCGUGCCGGCGGCGCUGGAGCGGCGGGUGCGCGCCGCGGAGCUGUUCCUGCGGUGCGCGACGUGCGGGCUCGCGGUGCUCGCCGCGGCGCUGCUGGGCGCCGACCGCCAGACCCGCAUCUUCUUCUCCAUGGAGAAGGAGGCCCGGUACUCCGACAUGCAGUCCCUCGUAUUUUUGGUGAUAGCAAAUGGGAUGGCAGCGUGUUAUAGCCUGCUUCAGGGUGCGAGGUGCAUGGUGAGCAUUCUGACAGGUGGUGUCCUCAUCAGCAAGCCCAUGGCAUGGGCUAUCUUCUCUUGUGAUCAGGUGAUGGCGUAUUUCACGAUCUCGGCGGUGGCCGUGGCGAUGGAGGCGGCGAUGAUCGGCAAGUACGGCAACACGCAGUUCCAGUGGAUGAAGACGUGCCACCUCUACAAGCGGUUCUGCGCGCAGGCCGGGGGCGCCGUGGCCUGCGCCGUCGCGGCCAGCCUCAACAUGGUAGGCAUCUCGCUCGUCUCCGCGUUCAACCUCUUCCGGUUGUACGGCAGCGGCAAGGGGAGGAAGUGAUCGAUCAGCGCCGGCGUUCAACCUCUUCAGUCUAGGAACACAGGCCGGCUUGCCGCCGCUGGCCUUUUUCUAGGUUUUAACACCCAGUCUGCCACCAUAGCGCUAUGGAAGGCCUUCGGUCUUCUCCUCCGGUUUGAGGUUUUCUUUUUUCGGUGUUGGGAUGAUGCUACCUGUCGUCUGCCAGCGUAGCCAUAAAAAGUCUCUGGGACGCUCGCCCAUGUAUGUAAAUGAUGUGAAGUGAUCCGAGGUGUUUGUGUACGUAGUGUGGCAAUAAACCGUGCGGGAAAGCGAUGUAUCGACGAUCACUGUCGCCGCCUGCAGCUGCUGCAGGAUGGCAGGGCUAACGAAAUUACUCUCUCGGUUAUUCA